AUGAACGAGCCUGUGAAGCUUACGGAAGAUAACAGGCAUGCAAUAAAAUUUUACAAAAAGCUUCGCGUAAUUUAUAGAGAUACUGGUCAGAGAGCAUUAGAAGGAGAAGCACUAUUUCAGCUGGCGCGAUUAUACAAAAACGAGUACGAUUAUAAUGAAGCAAUUGAGCUUUGCACAAAAGCAAUAAGAAUCGCGAUAGAAACCAAAGAAAAAAGGUUGGAACGCGAAUGCUAUGUAAAGCUAGGAAGUAUCUUUCAGUCUUUAGGUGUAUAUGUCAAGUCUGUAGAAUACCACAAACAAGCACUUGGAAUCGCAGAAGAAACUGGCGACAAGGAAAGAGAGGUCGCAUGCUAUGAAAGACUAGUAGGAGGCUUCCUGUCUCUCGGUGAAAAAACAAAGGGUAAAGAAUACCAGGAAAAAGCACUUGCAACCGCAGAAAAAAUUAGCGGCAAGGAAGCAAAAGCCAAAUGCUAUCAAAACCUCGGAAACAGCAUUCGUUCUGUAGGCGAACAUAUCAAGGCCAUGGAAUGUUACGAAAAAGCACUUGCAAUCGCAGAAGAAAUUAGCGACGAUAGAACAAAAGCUGAAUGCUACAGAAACCUGGGAAUAGUCUUUGAGUCUCUUGGUAAACAUGUCAAGGCUAAAGAGUAUCACGAAAAAGGAAUUGCAGCCGACAAAACAGAAGCCCAUUACUAUGGAAAUCUGGGAAGCAGCUUUCAGUCCAUCAGUGAAUAUGGCAAGGCUAUAGAAUACCAAGAAAAAGCACUUGCAAUCGCAGAAAAAAUUGGCGACAGGAGAAUAAAGGCCGCAUGCUAUGGAAACAUAGGAAGAGUCCUUGAGUGCCGCGGUGAACAUGUACGGGCGACAGAAUAUUACCAAAAAGCACUUGCAAUCGCAGAAAAAAUUGGCGACAAGGACAUAGAGGCCGCAUUCUGUGAAAACUUAGGUAUUGCCUUUCGCAAUGUCGGUGAGUGUGCUAAGGCUAAAGACUGUCUCGAACGAGCGGUCGUAAUUUGUAGAGAGGCUGGAAAAGUGGAAAAAGAGAUAACACUUCACUUGCUUAUUUCGCUUUGCAUGAUUGAAGCCGGCAACAUACCUAAAGCUGAAAUACAUUUCCUUGAUUGCCUUUGUGCGGUAGAGCUUCUUCGAAGUUUCGUGAAAGAUCACGACCAGCUCAAGAUAUCGUUGCUUGACAGGUUCGGAAGAUACUUCCGAAAUAUCAGUCAUUUGAUUUGCCUUGCGGGACACCCAAACCUAGGCCUUUACACAGAGGAGACUGGACGAGGCAGAGCCCUGGCAGAGUUAAUCACUGUCCAGUACCCUUCAAAAAUAGAAAUAAUAACCAGUCCAGAGCAAUGGGUUGGUAUUGAAAGGAUAGUGAAGAGAGAACACAACUGCGCCUUCCUUUACAUUUCGUACCUCGAGAAAUUUUUUAAAUUGUGGGUUAUUAAGGCACACAAACAAUUAUUUUUCCGAAAAAUGAACAUAAAUGACUGUUUUGCUGGCAAUGGACCAGAAAGCAAAGUGGCUGACGUUUUCGGCACUGAAGUAUUUAGAGACACGUUUUGUUUAGCUCCAGAGCAGUGCGAAGAUCGAUCCUGGUUUCCUUCAAAUGUUGACUCCGAGCAGACGCGCAAGUCAUCUCAAGGAAAUAGCCUCACGGGGUGCCGCCUUGUAGAGGAGGAUGAAGACGACCAGCAGCCCAUCCCAACUCUUGCAGAUGGCUACAAAAUGAUCAUCACUCCUGUCACUGACUUGCUUGAUAAAACCGAACUGAUCAUUGUUCCCGAUCGCUUGUUUUUUAAAGUUCCAUUCGCAGCGUUAAAGGACGAAAGAGGAAAGUAUUUAUCAGAGUCCUUCAGAAUUCGCAUCGUUCCCUCUUUGAGGACUCUCAAGCUUAUUCAGGACAGUCUAGCCGACUAUCACAGUCAGACUGGUGCACUGAUAGUGGGAGAUCCUGAGGUUGGUGAGGUGUUAUACAAGGGAAAUCUUCAGCAGGUAUCGAGGCUGCCUUUUGCAAGCGAGGGAGCAGAGAUGGUUGGAGGACUGCUAGGUACCAAACCUCUGUUAGGAGAGCAAGCCACAAAGGAGACGGUUCUCCAAAGUAUACAUUCAGUAAGUCUGAUACAUUUCGCUGCGAAUGGUGAUGCCGACAGAGGAGAAAUUGUUCUUGCUCCUCCGCCGGGCAUUGAUAGGAAACCUCAAGAAGAAGACUACUUGUUGACCAUGGCGAACAUCUCACAAGUUCGGCUACGAGCCAAACUGGUAGUCCUUAGCUGUUGUCACACUGCACAAGGACAGAUCAAAACGGAGGGAGUUGUUGGAAUUGCUCGGGCGUUUUUAGGAUCCGGUGCACGCUCAGUGUUGGUGGCACUGUGGGCCAUACAAGACGAAGCAACAAAGCAGUUCAUGGGUCGUUUCUACGAACACCUUGUAGAUGGUGAAAGUGCCAGUGAAUCUCUUCACCAAGCCAUGAAGUGGAUGAGAGAAAACGGAUUCUCUAAAGUGCAGCAGUGGGCACCUUUUUUGCUGGUUGGAGACAACGUGACAUUGGAUUUUCAAAAGUUAAGGUUAGUAGAAACUUAUUGA